AGCAGGUUCGGCGCUAGCGCGCGCACACACACACACACACACACACUGAGGAUUAGCCAGCCUUAUUGUUCGGUUCUGGUGCUACCUGUUAAACCUGUUAAAUCUAGACCAGCACAGUCUAAAGCCGAGGUCUGAACGCUGCAGGACAGUACUGUUUAAUAAGAAGCCACGCAGGCAGUUGAUUGACAGCUGAAGGCAACGCCCUCGUCAUCCUGCAUUCCCUUACACUCAGGACGUGAUCCAGCGUGAGAGAACGGCUCAUGGCUGCUCCUAAACCUGGACUCUGCCUUUGCGGUGUUUGAAGAAUCACUAGAUGCUGUGACGGUAUCCAGGCCGCCCGCUUCAUCUACAACAACACUAAAAGGGGUGGAGAUCGAUUCAGAAAACGUGACGCGCCGGAAAAAAAAACGCACGAUGCCGCGCUCCAAGGAGAUCUCUGAAGACACACGGAGAAAAGUGGUGGAGGCUCACGAGUCUGGGAAAGGCUACAAGUUGAUAUCCAAAGCUAUAGGGCUCCCCAAGACCACCAUCAGAGCCAUCUUGCGAAAGUGGAAGCGCUUCGGGACGGUCGUCACCCUGCCGCGGAGCGGACGGCCCUCCAAGAUCUCCCCGACGGCGAGGCGGGAGAUAAUCCGGGAGGUCAUGAAGAACCCCUGUAUGACCUCAAAGGACCUCCAGGCGACGCUAGCGUCUUCGAACAUCUGCGUCCACCAGUCCACCAUCAGGAGGAUACUGGGAAUACACGGAAGGCCAACGCUGAGUUCCUUCGAGGGGAGCAUGGCGGUACAGACUUCCUCCAGUCAGACGGGGGAAGGCGUCCUCGAGGAAUCGGACGGGUCCUCAAGUCCGGAGGUGAAGACAAGCAAAAAUGAGAAGCGGACGAUGAAAAAGACCAACACUAACACUAACUCUGACGAUAAAGGUGCCGGGAGUGAGAAGAACCGCGGACAGAAAACGUUAGAUGAGGAAAUGCCUCUAGCGGAGGUUAAUGGUGGCUUUUUGGAGGAGGUGUCAACCACAAACCAUAGUGACGGAGAGGGUGAGAUCAAGAGUGAGGAGAGCAGCAGUGCAGGUGACGCUGCCAAGACAGUGCCGACACGCCCUGACGGGAGUAAGAAGCGCGGGAAUGUCGAGACGGCAGACGCGGGUCGUGGCCGAAGCGGCGACACGACUGAGGAGUCCAGCGGUGUCUACAGCAGCGAUAACAACAACACUGAGAACUGGGUCGAGGACAUGGAUUACAUCAGCGCGCUCACGUUUUCCUGAAUGAGCACGCAGGCUCUAACGGCACGGGGAGGACAACUUUACAAGUAAUUAGAAACACCCAACAGAAAAAAAAAGGGGGAGGGUUAAGGGGAAAAGGUUAAGAGGUCAUCCCUAAAUUAGGGCCCAAAGUAAAAAUAUAUAUGUUGUAGAAAAUAUUCAGUUAAUUAUUAUUAUUAUAAUUAUUAUUAUUAUUGUUGUUGUUACUUUAAUAUUGUUAUUAUUAUCGAAGAACACUUUGUGUAAAAUUGAGUCCGAGCAUUUUUUUCCUCAUUGAUUUUAACGUACAACACUUCUCUUUCGUACUACAAUCAACAUCGUCUUUUUUUAUAUUCAUAAAGUAAAAAAAUAAACAACAAAAAAAAAAAAGGCAAGUUCCUAGAAUCGGACUCGGGUUUCUGCACCCCGUCGUCCCCCCUGUUGCAUUUCAGACAAUCCUGAGACAGACUAAAACCUCAAACACGAUCUCUUGACGUUUCCUGAGUUGAUUCAUCCUGACACUAUUAUUACAAAAAGAACAAAAGACCGUUUGUCCGCUGCACAAUGCACUAAGGCCUGGUCUUUGUAUCCGGCUAAUCGGGUUAUCCCGGCUAAUUUUAACCCCAACCUUGGCCUGAUGGGGUCGAAAGGGAGGGCGGGGAGGCGGUGUGAAUCGAUGGGAUAAAAAACAAAACAAUCCUGAGUAAACACGUGUGCUCGGUUAGCGGCUCACUGCUGUUAUUGGUUCAAGAUUUGUAGCAUUCUUUCACAAAGCUUCGCUCAUCAGAAGCUGCUUUUUUUUUCUUUUCUUUUUUUUUAUUCUAUGAGCCAAUGAGAAUCUCUGGCUGGUACUUAAAGAAACAACAAAAAAAUAAAGCGAAAAGAGGUUGAACAUGUCGUCACGUGGAUGCUAGAGACGCUCCAGUCGUACGUCAGACUCCUCAUCACAGACUCUUACGUGUGUCCGCUUCAUGUAAUGCCUCAGUGUUUCCUUUGUUUUAAUUACUGUUGUUUUAAAUCUGUUCAUGGUAUGCAUGUUUCUCCUCAACGCAAGGACUUUAAGGUCAUGACAUGAAGUGGCGUUUCUUUUCUGUUUGUUUUGAGUGGAAAGUUCUCGUCAGUCAAUUAAACCUCCUAAAAAAAAAAACAGUAUUAAAGUUUACUCUGUGUCUUGUUAUUUCUGUCUUGUUUUUAUUUUUUAUUUUUGUGUGCUUUUAUCGCCCUAGGUUUUAGAACCCUGUGUGUGUGUUUGUGCUUGAGUGAGUGAGUGUGAG